AUGGAGGAGAACAAAGAGACCCCCACAACUCAGAAACGGAGAAGAAGAAAGGAACCCAAACUUUUCAGCUGUGACCAAUGUGGGAAAGAUUUCACUGGAUCAAGUGAACUUCAGACCCAUUAUCGUAUUCACACUGGAGAGAAACCACACAGCUGUGAACAGUGUGGGAAAACCUUUUCUAGAGGUACUAGCCUUAAAGUCCACCAGCGCAUCCACACGGGAGAGAAACCACACAGCUGUGACCAGUGUGGGAAAACGUUCACUACAUCAGGUAACCUCACAAUCCAUCGUCGUAUUCACACUGGAGAGAAACCACACAGCUGUGACCAGUGUGGGAAAACGUUCACUACAUCAGGUAACCUCACAAUCCAUCGUCGUAUUCACACUGGAGAGAAACCAUACUGGUGUGAAGAGUGUGGGAAAACUUUCACUACAUCAGGUAACCUCACAAUCCAUCGUCGUAUUCACACUGGAGAGAAACCACACAGCUGUGACCAGUGUGGGAAAACGUUCACUACAUCAGGUAACCUCACAAUCCAUCAUCGUAUUCACACUGGAGAGAAACCACACAGCUGUGACCAGUGUGGGAAAACGUUCACUACAUCAGGUAACCUCACAAUCCAUCGUCGUAUUCACACGGGAGAAAAACCAUACUGGUGUGAAGAGGGUGGGAAAACCUUUUUUCAUGGUAGUAGUCUUAAAGUCCACCAGCGCACUCACUCUGCCUCCAUCUGA